CGGAAACAAACGUUUUUACUUCCGGUGUCAGCCCGUCGGCCAUGGAGGCACAUGUUGACAAGUAAAUAGUUCGUUAGACCGAUUUCUAAUACUAUUUUGGAGCGUAACGCAACAACGUAAGCAUUUUUAUUGAUACGUGGAACGGGUCCGACACGAGUCCAGUCAUGGCUCUGUAUCUGAAAGCGGCAGAUAUUCUGGAGAAGGUGGAGAAUAAGCAGGGAGCUCUGAAGACUCUGGUUUACGACAGCAAGUUCCAAAACAUCAAGCAGCUGUUUAAGCUGGUGUGUGAGACCCAGAAGUUCUCGCCUGUCCUGCAGGAGAUCAUUGAGUCGACUAAACUGCUGAAGCAGACCAAGCUGAGACUGCACCUCGCGCUGGUUCUGGUCUUUGACUUGCUCAUGGGUCAGGGGUUGAAGUGCGGGGGCUCCUGGAAGGCGAUGAUGAUGAAGCACAGGUCCAGAUUGCAGGCGGCUCUUGCGCGCAUCAAAGUCAAGCAUAAGGUGAGCAGGAAUGAAGAUCUGCUCCCCAGCACCGUCCAGCAGUCUCCUGCUGAGCAGCUGCCCAGGUACGUCCGCGUGAACACCCUGAAGACCACUGUGGAGGACACGGUGGACUACCUGAAGAGGGACGGCUUCUCUUAUCUGGGCGAAGCCUCCAAGCUGGAAGACUUGAUGUUAAAGAAUAAGACCUUUGUGAGGGACAUCCACCUGCCAGAGUUGUUGGUCUUCCCCCCUAAAACAGACUUUCAUGACCACUUCCUGUACAAAGCGGGCCACAUCGUCCUCCAGGACAAAGCCAGCUGCCUCCCGGCUCAUCUCCUCCAAGUCCCACCCGGUAGCCAUGUGAUCGAUGCCUGUGCUGCCCCUGGCAACAAAACCAGCCAUCUGGCCGCCUCCAUGAACAACAAGGGGAAGCUGUUUGCCUUCGACCUGGACGCAAAACGCCUGGCCACCAUGUCCACUCUCCUGCUGAGGGCAGGGGUCACAUGUCACCAGCUGGCCAACCAGGACUUCCUGAAAGUGGAUCCAGACAGCCCCCAGUAUAAAGAUGUGGCGUACAUCCUGCUGGAUCCGUCCUGCAGUGGCUCAGGCAUGGUCUGCCUCCAGGAGGGGACCGAUGAGAGAAAGGAUGAGUCCCGUCUGGCGUCAUUAGCCUCCUUCCAGAUACGCUGCCUGAAUCACGCCAUGAAGUUCCCUGGAGUGCAGCGCCUGGUCUACUCCACCUGCUCUGUCCACCGGGAGGAAAACGAGGAGGUUGUUGCUGCCUGCCUGAAGCAGAACCUCCAUUUCAGGCUGGUUCAUCUCCUGCCUGUGUGGCCUGAACGAGGCCUGCAGCCUCUGACACAGUGUCUGCGAGCAAGCACGUCCAAGACUCGAACUCACGGCUUCUUUGUGGCUUUGAUGGAGAAACACGGUGAUGCUGCCAUGCUGAACAGUGACCACAUGGUGGCGCCCGAGAGUGAGGAAACCAGACCUGCUAAGUGUCCGGUGGAGGCUUCAGAUGCAGAGAUGAACGUGACGCCUGUUGUGACUCCAACUGAUGGAGGAACCAAAAAGAAAAAGAGGAGGAAGAAGAAGAAAACUGUGGAGUCAUAAAUGUUAAAAUGUAUAUUUAGCUUUCAGUUUCUUUCCCUUUUUUAGAAUUGCAUCUUAUCCAGUAUGUAAAAGCAGACUGUUGAAUGUGACCGUUAAUUUUAAAACGGAGUAAAGAACAUGCUGUUUUAAUGGAAUCAUGUCUGAUUUGCAGUUCAUCCUGUAUGAGAUGGGAGCAUGAACAGAAGAUUUAC